AUGGCAUAUCCUUGCUUCACCAAGAUAUAUCGCAAGAAUACAUACCCGGCCAUUGACCCUUCAAGGCCUGAGUUGUCAGCAAAGGACAAGACUGUGAUAGUGACGGGCGCAGGCGAAGGAAGCAUUGGCACUGCUGUCGCCUUCGCGUUUGCAAAAGCAGGAGCCCAGAGAAUCGCCUUAGUCGGAAGAACCGAAGACACUCUCCAGAAAACAAAGGCAACAGUUAAUCAAGCAUUUCCUGAUGCAACAGUGCUGGUAUUCGUUGCGGACAUCUCCAGAACAGAGAGCGUUGGUACUGCUGCACACCACAUCAGAGUCGAGUUGGGGGCUUGGGAUGUCUUCGCAAAUUGUGCAGGGUACUUGCCGGACUUGACUACCCUCGCGGGAGCAGAUGAAGACGACUGGUGGAAAGCAUUCGAGAUCAAUGUCAAGUUCGCCGCUCACUUUGCAAAGCACUUUUUACCCAAGUGCCGUCCGAAUGCGACGUACAUCGGCACGAAUGCUGCAGCUUGCCAUUUGAGGGCCUCGCACUUUCCCAAAACCUCUUCGUAUCUUGCUUCAAAAUUAGCCAUGGCGAAGCUCGAUGAGUGUCUGGCGGACGAGAACCCAAGACUCCGAGUAUUUACGGUCCAUCCCGGUGUCAUCCCAACCAAAAUGACCGAGAAAGUCAUGGGAAAUCUUGACCAGCUUCCAGCUGGCGACUUAUUGGACGAACCAGAACUCCCCGCGAAUUUCAUGGUUUGGCUUGCGAGUUCGGAAGCUGACUUCCUCAAGUCGGGAAGAUUUCUGUGGUCCAAUUGGGAUGUCGAGGAGUUGAUUGCCCGCAAAGCAGAGAUCGAGGCGGACCAGGCGCUGUUCAGGAUCACCAUUGGAGGAUGGCCGUUUCAGUAA